AUGAUAUCCCAAAAAGCCCUGUUUGUAUCCUGGAUAGUACUGGCUACUGUUCUUGGAUCAUUGUUGCUAAGAAAAUCUCGGUGUAACAAAGGGUUCAAGCUUCCCCCACAAGUCCCCGGCAUCCCGGUGUUCGGCAAUACAUUCCAAAUCUCUGCUCUGCAACAAGGCCCUUGGGCUAAGAAGCUAGUCGAGGACCAGGGCGAAAUUUUAUCUGGCGGCUCGACAUGGGUAUUUUUAAACUCUUCCUGGGUUGUCAAUAAUCUGCUUGAACGCAGAGCUGCCAUUUAUUCGUCGAGAUCACCGUUUCCCAUGUCCCAAGGCAACAUAUCAGGCGAUUCACGUAUUAUCGUCCUCAUGCUGUAUAAUGAAAGAUGGCGCAUGCUGCGUAAAAUCAUGCACCAAAUCUUGAACUCCAGGCAGCAAGACAUUUUCAAACCGUUCAAAGAUGUUGAAUUAAAGAACCUCUGCUGGUACUAUCUGCAGACACCCAGCAGACAAUGGUCAGCCAACGCUCGCUAUGCCAAUUCUAUCAUAAUGAGCGUCGUCUUCGGCCGCGUUAAUAUUGUUGAUGCGUUUCCACUACACGAGAAGAUUCCUGAAGUCCUCCAAUGGUGGCGGCCACCAGGAGAAAGAGUGUUUCACAAGACCACGAAAGUUUACAAAUUCGAGAUGCCCAGAAUGAAAGAACAAAUGGCCAACGGAACCCAACGGGAAUGCUUUGGCACCGAUUCCCCAGUGAAGAACAUGACGGAGGUGCAAAAACUCUUUGUUUUCGGCACACUCAGGGAAGCUGGAAGCGAUACAUCUCGAGUGACCAUUGGUCAGAUAAUCGCAGGCGCAGCUACUUAUGCUGACUGGGUGAUACAGGCUCGUGCACAGCUGGAUGAGGUUUGUCGCUCCAAUACUGAACGUUUGCCCAGGUGGGAGGACAGGGAGAGGCUUAAUUACAUAUUGGUCGUGCUUAAGGAAGGCUUUCGCUGGCGACCCAAUGUUGCAGAGAUUGGCGCGCCUGCCAUACUUAUUAAAGACGAUAAGUACGAAGGUUAUCAUUUUCCUGCUGGCAUAAUCUUCACGUGGAACGCUUGGGCAAUUGCUCUGAACCCAGAGGAAUACGAUCAAAUGGAGCAAUUUUGGUCUGACAGAUUUCUCGAUGAUAAUGAACAAAACGUUUUGAAAGGUCACUGGGCAUGUGGUCCAGGUCGUCGAGUAUGUGUUGGAUGGAAAAUAGGAGAGAUGAAUGUCUGGAUCGCCAAAGCACGACUCCUGUAUUGCUUUGAUUUUGAGGUAUUACCAGGGAUACCAAUAGACACGAUGACGAUCCCCCAGAUUACUAAACACUCCGCACCUUUUAAUAUCAAGAUAAGCCCUCGGAGUGCGGAGCACGCGGCUCUCAUUCGCAGAGUUAGCGCGGAUGUAGUAGCCGGAAGGUACUGA